AUGUCUUCGCCAAGUGAGGAUGAUAAUGACUUUUUCAACCCUUCCUUGUUGAAUGAUGAUUUAGGACAGGGUUCGUUCGAUGACUUGGAUAAUCGUCUCGCUAAAAAACUAUCCGUUAAUGAGUAUGAUGAUGAUAAAAAUGAUGAAACUUUUGGUGAUGAAGGUGAUGAUGGAGGCUUUUUUAUUUCUAACAAUGAUGCUUCUGAUCUUGUUCGUGGAUCCCGUCCAUACUAUUCUGUGGAUGAUGAUUGGAAUGGAAAGAAGGCUUUUUCCAGCCAUACAACAUCAAGCCUCCCACAACAUUCACAACAACACCACUAUCAACAUUCUCAACAACAACAUUCCUUGUUUGGCUCUACUAGCUCUCCAGGAGGAAGUGCUGCUGGUUUUCACAAUGCUCACUCUUCUUUAAAUACAAGUGGAAGUAGCACUGGUAGCGGUUUUGGUAUUCCUAUUGGACAUUCACCAUCUUCACCAUCAAAUUAUAUUCCUGGUGGAACACCUUCUCAUCACCAUACAAACACUGGUUCUUUUGGUAGUUUUGGUAGUAAUAAUAGUGGUAGUUUUGGAAGUUUUACACAUCAACCAGUUAUUUCUUCACCAAGAGCAACAAAUAUCUUGUUAGGUUCUCCUUCCGCUACAUCACCUUCUGGUUCAUUCCUUUCUAAUAUUUUGGGAGCCAGUCCAAAUAGUGGUGCUACACAAUCAUCAAUUAUUGGUGGAGGACAACACAUUCGUCAAGGAAGUAAUAAUGGAAGUGCUUCCUUGUGGGGUACUGCUAAUGAUAAUCAAAAUGAUGAUGCCUUCCUUGGUUCAUUCUUUGCUGGUUCCGGUAGUGGUUCAUCAGGAGGUGUAUCAACUGUAGGCACUCAUCACCACACAACUUCUGGUUCUUCUACAAAACAAAGUACAGGACUUCACUAUAUCACAGACUUGAUUUCUGAGGAAGAUGAAGAUGAUAAGAGCAGUGGAAGUGGUAGAUCUAGUACUCAUCAAUUAUCAAGUGGUGCCAAUUCACCUUUUGGAUUUACCAAUACUGAAGUUAGUGCUACUAUUGCAGCAAAUUCAAGAAUUCCAAUCUCUGGUGGUUUGGAACCUCUCGAAUUUUUACCAACUACUGUUGCUCACAAACAUCCCGAAUUAGUAAAGGGAGAAAAGCAACAAGCACCAACAACAACAAGUACUACCAACAAUACUACAUCAGGAGGAACAACAACAAAUCAACAAACUUCUACACCUUCCUAUUUGAUGGUUAAAUAUAAUACUUAUAAUACUGAAGAUAAGACUGACUGUUACAAUGUUAUUAACAAGGUUGUAGUUAAUGAAGUUUUGAACAAGAUUCCAACACCUCAAGAUCAAAGAAACAAGUUCCACAGAUUUAACAAUAAUAAUAGAUCUCACAACAACAAUAAUAAUAACAAUGAAAAACCACAUAGAAUUAUCCAAUUUAUGAGAAUUGAUGAAGUGGAAACUAUUAUUCGUCAACAAAUGGUAGAUUUACAAGUACACAAUGGAUACUCUGAUGAUUAUUAUUACUUUGUGAAAAAUAACAAUACUGAACAAACUAUUGACCUUCUUAGCAAGCAUCUAACUGAAGAAGAGGAAGAAAGAGAAAAUGCCAGACAAACAGCCACAUCUAAUCAACAACAAGGAACCAAUAAUACUUCUACAACCACCACAACAACAACAACACCACCUGCUAGAUUAUUUGGUAGAAUUCCAUCUCAAAAUGUCAGAACUCCAAGAACAUGCUUUGAUACUAAUGUAUUCCGUGAUGAAGUUGUCGACCAAUAUUACAAACAUAAGAGAAUACCAUCAGAGUUACGUACUAGACUUGUCUAUAACAAUCCAAUUCAAUUGAGAACAUGCAUUGAGAAUGGUUUGACUCUUUUGAUUGAAAUUGAAGAAUUCCAAACUGUUGCUCAACAUUCUAAGGAAAUUUCUCCAAAAGUUGCUGAAUCUUCUUAUGUUAAUUGUCAAACUGUUGCUUCCUAUCUUUUAUAUCACCAAGAAAUUUGGAAUAUUCCAAAAGGAAAGAAAUUUAUUUGCAAGUGUCUCAAUAUUCUUCCACAACCUUUCAAUACCAAGUUGCUCCUUGAUAUGAUUCCAAUUUUGAUUGCUGAACAUUCCACCAAUCCUCAACUUGUAGAAUCCAUGAUUAAGAGCUUGAAUUCGAUAGUCAAUAUUGGUACAAUUACACUAGUGUUGGUACAAUUAAUGAGAAGUCCACCUUCCUCCAUUGAAUUCCUCAACGCCUUGCUCAAUAGAGCUAUUACCAUACUCUCUCCUAAAUAUCAACAACAGCAAAUGGUACAACUCAAUAUGUGGUAUCAAACUCUCAUCCAACAAUUUAUUCCUUUCUUUAUGUCAUAUUAUCACACAUUGACUCCUGAUAUCCUGUACCCAAUCCUUUCCAAUAUUUUAAAGUUAAUCCCAAGAAAUCUCCCUCAAUUCCACCACAUUUUAUUCCACAUUGCCCACGAUCCACACAAUCAUCCUCUCAAAGCACAAUUGAUUCAACUUUACACCCAACCAACCUACCAAUAA